CCGAGCCAAUGGGCCACCUCUCGCUGCACAGACGCUGUGAAACCUGAGUCCCAGUCAGCAACGGGCGAAGCGCUGCCAGCUCUUAAAGACUACAAGACCCAGCGAGCGACAAUUCGCGUGCCACGGUCUCGAACGACCGGUUUCGUUCGGAAAAACCGGGCCCCGUUGGCGGACGCAGCACCCCAGAAUCCCCCGCGGGACAAGAUGGCCGCGGUGAGAGCGGAAACGGAGGUGAGGGCGUCCUAGGCUCGUACGCCUCGUCGGGCCUUUCAUCAAAGAAACUUGAGGUUCCGGGAGAGGGAAACUCACGUCCGUAUCUAACAGAUGCUUUUUCACUUUUUCGCUGUGGUCAUGGGGACGUCCGAUAGAGCCUUUGUCCCGAUAGGCAAGCCCAGAAUUCCGCAGUCCUGACCUGGAACCUCCGGGAGAGCCGCAGAGUGUCACCUCUGUGCUCUAAAGGAGGCACGAGGCCAGUCAAACAGGUCCCUCUGUCCCGACAGGUGCGACACUGAGCAUCCCAUGCGUGCGGGCGCAGGGAGGCAUGGCCUCCCCCAGGGCCGCCGCCUCUGCUGGUUGCUCUGCGCGUUCGCCUUGAAGUUCUGCCAAGCAGAGGCUCCAGUCCCGGAGGAGAAGCAGUCAGUGAGCGCCGCAAACUUGCAAUGCUGGCUGGUGGAAGAGUUUGUGGUGACUGAAGAGUGUGGCCCAUGUUCUAAUUUCCAAGCUAAAACAAUCCCCGAGUGCAGCUCCACAGGGUAUGUGGAGAAAAUCACCUGCAGCUCAUCUAAGAGGAAUGAGCUCAAAAGUUGUCGCUCAGCAGUGAUGGAAAAACGCUUGUUCUGGAAAUUCGAAGGUGCUGUUGUGGGUGUGGCCUUGGUCUUCGCUUGCCUUGUCAUCAUUCGCCAGCGACUAUUGGACAGAAAGGCUCUGGAGAAGGUCCGGAAGCAAAUCGAAUCCAUAUAGCCACAUUCCACCCUUUUAUCCUAGGUCUCAGAGACCCCACCUCAGACAAAGUGGAAUGGACUGACUUGUGCCCCUGAUUCUUCAGAACCUUGGGGUGGUACCCUCUCUUUGCCCAUUUUCUUCCAGAUCAUUAAUGAGGAGAAUAAAGAGUAAAAGAGUUUGUUUCUUC